AUGGCAACCCCCAGCAGCAGUGCUAACGGCCUUAAGCCGACCGGCGGCCUGUCUGCUAACGACAACAUUCGCCGGUUUGCUGCGCCCAGUCGGCCGCUGAGCCCGCUUCCCGCCCACGCGCUGUUCAACGACAAGACAAGAUGCUUCGUCUACGGCCUACAGCCGCGUGCCGUGCAGGGCAUGCUCGACUUCGACUUCAUCUGCAAGCGGGCGACACCGUCGGUCGCUGGUAUUAUCUACACAUUCGGCGGUCAAUUCGUCAGCAAGAUGUACUGGGGCACCAGCGAGACGCUGCUCCCCGUGUACCAGCAGGUCGAGAAGGCAAUGGCCAAGCACCCCGAUGUUGAUACGGUCGUCAACUUUGCUUCGUCUCGUAGUGUCUACAGCUCGACCCUGGAACUCAUGGAGAACCCCCAAAUCAAGACCAUCGCUAUUAUUGCCGAGGGUGUCCCGGAGCGCCGUGCCCGUGAGAUCGCGCAUGUUGCGCAGAAGAAGGGUGUCACAAUCAUUGGCCCUGCUACCGUCGGUGGCAUCAAGCCCGGCAGCUUCAAGAUUGGUAACACUGGUGGUAUGAUGGACAACAUCGUUGCUUCCAAGCUCUACCGCAAGGGUUCGGUCGGCUACGUCUCCAAAUCUGGUGGCAUGUCCAACGAACUGAACAACAUCAUUUCGCAAAACACCGACGGUGUCUACGAGGGUGUGGCGAUUGGUGGUGAUCGGUACCCCGGCACUACUUUCAUCGACCAUUUGCUGCGCUACCAGGCCGACCCUGACUGCAAGAUCCUCGUGCUUCUUGGCGAAGUCGGCGGUGUUGAGGAGUACAAGGUGAUUGAGGCCGUGAAGCAGGGCGUUAUCACCAAGCCCAUUGUGGCGUGGGCCAUCGGUACCUGCGCGAGCAUGUUCAAGACGGAGGUUCAAUUCGGUCACGCCGGUUCGUUCGCCAACUCGCAGCUCGAGACGGCGGCCAUGAAGAACCAGAGCAUGCGGGAUGCCGGUUUUCAUGUCCCCAGCACAUUCGAGGACAUGCCGGCGCUCCUCAAGUCUGUCUACGACAAGCUCGUGAGCCAGGGCACCAUUAAGCCCCAGCCCGAGCCUGUUGUGCCCAAGAUCCCCAUCGACUACUCGUGGGCCCAGGAGCUUGGCCUUAUCCGUAAGCCGGCUGCCUUCAUCUCGACUAUCUCGGAUGAUCGUGGCCAGGAGCUUCUAUACGCUGGCAUGCCCAUCUCAGACGUGUUUAGGGAGGACAUCGGUAUUGGUGGUGUCAUGUCCCUGCUGUGGUUCCGCCGCCGUCUGCCCGACUACGCCUCCAAGUUCCUCGAGAUGGUGCUCAUGCUCACAGCCGACCACGGCCCGGCCGUGUCUGGUGCCAUGAACACAAUCAUUACCACCCGUGCCGGCAAGGACCUCAUCUCGGCGUUGGUGAGCGGUCUGCUUACUAUCGGUUCGCGGUUCGGUGGCGCGCUGGACGGUGCUGCCGAGGAAUUCACCAAGGCUUUCGAUAAGGGUCUCAGCCCGCGCGAGUUCGUCGACACAAUGCGCAAGCAGAACAAGCUGAUCCCGGGUAUCGGUCACCGCGUCAAGUCGCGGAACAACCCGGAUCUGCGUGUGGAGCUCGUCAAGGAGUACGUCAAGGCCAAGUUCCCCAGCUGCAAGAUGCUCGACUUCGCGCUGGCGGUCGAGUCGGUGACGACGUCGAAGAAGGACAACCUGAUCCUCAACGUGGACGGCUGCAUUGCCGUCUGCUUCGUCGACCUCAUGCGCAACUGCGGCGCCUUCAGCAACGAGGAGGCUGAGGACUACCUUAGCAUGGGUGUGCUCAACGGCCUGUUCGUGCUCGGCCGCAGCAUCGGUCUGAUUGCCCACUACCUCGAUCAGAAGCGCCUGCGCACCGGGCUCUACCGCCACCCGUGGGAUGACAUCACGUACAUCCUCCCGAGCCUGCAACAGGCGGGCCCUCCGGGCACCGAGGGUCGCGUGGAGGUGCAGAUGUAA